AUGAUUCCUUCUCCCUUUGUUGACGUUAUUGUUAUAGGCGCUGGUCUCAGUGGCCUCCAAGCAACUGUAGACCUUGACAAAGCCGGUCUCUCAUACAUCGUUCUUGAAGCCAAUGAUCGGGUUGGAGGCAAAACUCUCUCUGUCCCAAGCUCUUCGAAAGGCGAUGGAAUAGUCGAUCUAGGCGCUGCAUGGAUAAAUGACAGCAGUCAGAAAGAGAUAUACGCCUUGGCCCAAGAAUUCGGCUUCGACCUUAUCGUCCAGAGAACAGAAGGACUGUCACUCGAUCAGUCGAAUGGAACUACUCGUGCCAUUCCCUAUGGUCAAUUUGGAGAUUUUACGGAUGAGCAACUCGCUGAAAUUCUGUCAAUCAUGACGAAGCUGCAAGAAUAUGUUGAUCGAUCUAACCUUGAACAUCCUCACCUUGGGCCCGAUGCUGCAAAGCUUGACUCCAUGACUUCCCUGGAGUUUGCUAGUAAAGAAUUCGGUGAAGGAAUUGCCGAGGUUCUCGUGACAAUGUUGGCUCGGGAUCUUCUUGGAGUCGAAGCGGAUGAGCUCAGUGCUUUGUUUCUCAUUGAUUAUAUCAAGAGCGGAACUGGUCUUGCAAACAUAUCAUCCGACAGAAAGGAUGGCGGGCAACCAGGCAAUGAGAGGUUUGCAACUAAGCUGGCCACUAAGCUCUCCAAGAAGAACAUCAGACUCAACUCGCCCGUGGUCAAGGUCAUCCAGGAUAAGAAGGGAUGCACCGUCAAGACGAAGAGCGGCCAUAAACACCACUCCAAGAAACUCAUCCUUUCGGUCCCGACAUCUCUUUAUCCCAAGAUCGACUUCGAACCUCACCUGCCACCAGCGAAGAAAGAGCUUGGUGACUCUACUGAACUCGGCUACUACUCCAAGUCCAUUCUGGUGUUUGACGAGCCCUGGUGGCGUAAUGCCAACCUCUCUGGAGUACUGACAUCUAUGGAUGGUCUUGUCUCGUUUACGCGAGAUACCUGUGUUCCAGAGGACAAGCAGUACAGCAUCGCUUGUUUCCACGUCGGCCAACCCGGACGAAAGUGGUCCCAGCUUUCUGCAAAAGAACGCAAAGAUACAGUGCUGAAGCAGUUUAAUGACGCUUUCGGUACAGUUGUCGAUAACGUCCCCAAGCCAAUUAAUAUCAUCGAGAAAGACUGGCUAAAGGAUCCUUGGUUUUUGGGAGGACCUGGUCCUGUGAUGAAGCCUGGGUUGUUGACUGGCGCUGGAAAGUCUAUUCGUGAUCCAUUCAAGAACAUUCACUUCAUCGGGACGGAGACCUCUGUUGUCUGGAAAGGUUAUAUGGAGGGGGCCAUUAGAUCCGGUAUUCGAGGUGCUCGUGAGGUUAUCGAGGCACUUGACUGA